CGCGACAUGACAGUCCACGACCUCAGCGCGGUCUUCUCUGCGAUUUCCGUGUUUUACUUGCAAACGUGACGCGCCAAUUCACUGCCAAUGGCCAGCCAGGAAAGCACUAAGCUGACCGCAUCCUCUUCACAUAGACUCCCAACUGUCUCCGCAUCCCAGGCACUCCAGAAGCUUAAGUCGCGCUCUUACCUUGCUGUUUCGACCGGCAUCGACCCGCUCAACAAGGUCCUGGCACCACAUGGCAUUAGAGGCACACCCGCAGGUCGCGUUGGAGGUGGCAUGGGGCGAGGACAGUUGACGGAGGUGUAUGGGCCUCCCGGAGUUGGGAAGACUGCAUUUGCGAUGCAAGCUACAAUUAAUGCUCUGAGAGCAGGAGGAAGAGUGGUAUGGAUUGAUGGAGCUGCUCCGCUUGUUGCCCGCCGUCUCGAAGAGAUGCUAUCCGCUCCUCUAACAGAGGAUACUCCAAGUCCAGCCCCUUCGACGGCUCCGAAGUUAUCGCCAGCAGAACUUCGAAGUCGUUUCCACCAUUACAAGCCAUCGACGCUCGCCCACCUACUUGCGCUCAUACUUCAUCCUCCAUCAUCAUUCCCACCCCCCGACACCAGUCUGAUCGUAAUCGACUCACUCUCCACCCUGUUCGACAAUGCAUACCCGCGCAAUGCCGACGAUAGGUCCACGCGCCACAAGAAUGAUGCCGCUCGUUGGGCCGCAGGGCGCAAGUUUGCCGUUCUGAACGACCUCUCCUCGGCGCUCAGAAAGACAGCCGCGUUGCACAACAUCUCUGUGCUCCUCACAUGUCAAACAAUCACCCGCAUGCGAAGUGGAGCCAGAGCACUGCUUCUCCCGGCUAUAUCCGGCGGAGACUGGGAUAGCGGGAUAUCCACACGCCUGGUACUGUUCCGAGACUGGCUGCCUGCGGAAGGCCCAUGGAGCGCUGAAGACGACGAGCGGGUGCGACGAGCUCGGUUCAUUGGAGUUGUGAAAGCAAACGGCGUGAGCCUGGCAGGUGAAGGAGGCGUUGGCAGGGUCAUCCCCUUCACGAUCGAGACGGGCGGUCUGCACGACCUCAAUCUCACCACAGCUGAUAUCACACCGCAGCCUCAACCGCAGACUGUUGGGACAUCGCCUGCACAGCUCGCUCGGCCACCGAAACGCGCGUUCGCAGAAAUUGCUGACUCGGAGGAUGAAGAGGAUGGGCCUGACUCAGACCAGCUUUACGGUUGGGCGGAUGAUGACGACGUUGCGGCUGAAGGCCUCCUCAUCAUCGAACAGCAUCCCAGCGCACCUGCUGUACCUCGCUCACACAUAGCGCAGGGGGCCGACGUGGCUGCGGGACGGCGCGAGAUGCCCGCAGGAUGAGCAUCAGAUGCAGAUUGCGGCGGCCCGCCGAAGUAUUCGUUAAAAGAGGUAGAAAGACCUUUUAAGGAACGCUAUAAGUCUAAAGUUCAACAUCAGAAAUUAGAAUUUAGUGAGAACAUUUUUGCCCUAAAAGUAGUUCACGUAUGUUAAGAGAGCAUACGGUAUAUUUCAGGUUAUGCAUCCUUCGUUGUGGCUGAAUGCUUUAGAAAGUGUCGCAGUUACACAGUUGCACCAAUUUUAGAGUGUCUCAUUUCUUAUCUACCUUUGUAUGACCAUAUCCUGGCACGUCGGCACGUCGGGCAGUACUAAAUUGAGAUUACGUUAACAUU